AUGAACGGCGUUAUUGAAGCGCUGCACAUCUACGAUGACAACAGGAAUCCCAUUCUAUCGCACACCUAUACGGGACGGCCCCUCUCAGCUUCCCACCUUCUCUCUCUCUACCUCGAGCAUCCGUUUCCUCGGCCGAGCCUGAUCUACCUCCCCAAUGCAAACCCUCCGACGCUCGUCUUCAGCCUGACACACUCCAAUCUACUGUUCCUGGCCACCUCAUCGACCGAAAUCGAACCCCUCCUCGUGCUCGAGUUCCUCCACCGGAUCGUGGACGCCUUCGAGGACUUUGUUGGGGCACCCUUGCUGGCCGUCAAGCUAGAAAACAACUACGAUGUCGUCGCUCAACUUCUAACGGAGAUGUGUGAUGCAGGGACCGUCAGUACGACGGAGCCCAACGCUCUACGAGAAGUGGUGGAGAUGGAAGGCUGGGUCGAUAAGUUGCUAGGUAGCAUCAACCUACCUGGGAAAAAUCCACUCAAUACAAAUUCAAACACACCGUCCCUAAUAGCCUCCAACACGCCAGCGCUCCCGUGGAGACGGGCCAACGUACGGCACACGUCAAACGAGCUCUACGCCGAUGUCGUCGAAACCCUCUCCGUCACGCUAGCUCCUUCAGGAAGGCCUUUGGCUGCAUUUGCCAAUGGGACAAUUGCAUUUACGUCAAAGGUGUCAGGCGUUCCAGAUGUUCUGGUGACCCUAAGCAGUCCGUCAGGAAAACAUAAUAUCGGUGGCAUCAUGGAACUACCCGUCUUCCACCCAUGCGUUCGGCUGAACAAGUGGAAUGAACGACCUGGAGAAUUGAGCUUUAUACCACCCGAUGGACGAUUCAUCCUAGCUGGUUACGAGGUUGACCUGUUACCUUUUACAAGUGGCAAGAGUGGGAGCGUAAACUCAAACAAUCUCAAGCUUCCCGUUAACCUUGAGAUGAAAACCGGCCUUGGACCUGUGGGAUCCGAAUUCGAAGUCAGGUUACAAACCAACAAGAUUUUUGGCACCCCUAAUUCAUCAUCAGCGGCAAAUGACUUGACAGUCACUAUUCCUCUGCCUGAAGACGUGAGGAACCUCUCUGAUAUCAGACCGUCUAGGGGGGAUGCAAGCUUCAACAGGGCCGAGGGGCGACUCGAGUGGCACAUCCCCGCAAAGGAGAUAUCUGGCCCGACGUCUCAUUUUGGAUUGAGGUGUACGGUGGUAGGGUCUCUAGCUGAUGACGAUGAAGGGGAAGAGUUUGAUCCUACGGGAUUCGGCUUUGGUACUGACUAUUCAUACAACGAGCCAUACCAAAGCACACCAGCUGCCAAAAAAGGCAAGGAAAAGCAGGGCGCGGAUGAUGAACAGGACCCUAAGAGGGUAGCGCAGAACAAGAUUCUGAUGCCUAGCUCGGCAUCUGUAAGCUUCUCUGUCAAAGGUUGGCUGGCAAGUGGGUUGAAAAUUGAGAGCAUUGUAAUAGACACAAGGAAAAGCCGAGGAUUGGGCGAGGGUGUGAAGCCUUACAAGGGCGUCAAGUAUCUGACAGUUAGCAAGGGAGGAGUAGAGAUUCGCUGCUAA